GCCACUUGUUCAGUCUGUGCCUGGAGUUGACGGCGAGAAGUAGUCUGAAAACGGAGUAGAAAUCGCUCAAUUGUACCCCCGAACUCAUCAAUGCAUAAAAAACAGAAAGAGAUUCAAGUCUUUUUUAAGUUGAAUAGUAAAAUAUCGCGACUUUUGGCACUAAUGGCGAUCCCAUUUUAUAACGAGGAGGAAGAAGAGGACCAAGUUUUGGGGGAAGAUGGAGAAGUCCAAGAUGGAGAAAGUUGUGAAAGUGGGACGACAAGUUUUUUGGGACAGUUGGCCAAAGAGCUGGUCGGAGUUUACUGCGGGACAAGUGGGAGCAGUAGGACGAGAGCUACCAGGAGAAGGAGAAAUGGAGGUAACAAGACAACCUCCACCUCACAGCAAUCCCAACCACUUCCCGACCUCGUCUGCUGCCACGUUCAAGCUGCACAACGAGUCCAACGGGUCGUCGCCCAACCUGAAAAUCAUGAGCUUCUUAACGCCCCCGCCCAAGCCCCACGACGACAAGGGCGACAACGCCAUCCGCGGUCACCACCACUCCCACAACUGCCAUCGCUCCUCCCCCCGGCCGACAUUGACUCUGAUCCCUCCGGACUUUCACUCGAUGUCAAAAUGGGCAUCGACGUUGCCUACAGACGCAUCGGACAGGGUCUGAGGGAGAUUGCAGACCAAUUCGAGAACGACAGAUCACAAGAUUCGACCCGUCCUCGUCGCACCCGUCAUGCCGCCGGAGGAGGAAGCCGACAGCCACCCCUCCUCUCGACCCCACAAAUCAACAUAAAACUGGAAUUUGCAUUAAAAAUCACCAUUCCCUUGACCCUCUUGGGACUCAGUUUGGCCUUCGUGAAGCGAAAUUGCCCUUAAUGCAUCAUUUUCAUUUGUUAAUAUUUCAAAUUUAAAUAUUUAUUCAGUUUAUACGAUCGACCUUUUCCUAGUGGUUUUUGUUGCAUGUGAUGUCAAUACUAGUUUUAGUUUUAUUGUGCCAUUUACAUACAUACACAAUUAUAAUUUACAUACAUAAUUUUAUUUUAGCUCAAUUUGCAAAGUCAGUUAUUUGUGUGUAUUUCAAACAAAAGUUGUUUUUUUACAACGCUCAUCAAAGCUCAAAGUGAUUUUGAAACGAGAUCUCAAAUUUUUCCUUUCGAUUUUCUCCCUUCAAAAUUUGGCGAUCAACUGAUCCAUUGCGAAUAUCUAUUUAUACACUGUCUCUCAUAGUAUAUUUAAAAUAGCAAUAUUUAUAUACCUACAAUCAAACUUUGUAAAUUUUGUACAUUUUUACUAGCUUAACAACAAUAUUUUCCAACCCAAAUGUCUUUCAAACAUUAUUGUACAUAAAAUAUAACUUAUACGAAAUAAAGCUAAUAUUGAUAUUGAU